GACAGCUCUGGGGUGUGCGUCUCGGGCUGUGUCGGCCGCCGCCGCCGCUGCUGCUGCUGGGGCCUGGUAUGUACAGAUGGCUGGUUAGGAUUCUCGGCACCAUUUUCGGUUUCUGCGACCGCUCGGUGCCCCGUGCACGGGCCUUGUUGAAGAGGCGGCGCUCGAACAGCACUCUGUUUUCUCCAGUGGAUACUGAUGAAAUACCAGCUAAAAGACCAAGAUUAGAUUGCUUUAUUCACCAAGUGAAAAACAGUCUCUACAAUGCUGCAAGUUUAUUUGGAUUCCCAUUCCAGCUGACUACAAAGCCCAUGGUGACUUCUUGUAAUGGAACACGGAAUGUGGCCUCUUCAGGAGAGGUAUUUUCAAGCUCUUCAUCUUGUGAAGUGACAGGUUCUGGACCCUGGAACAACAUGCUGAAACUGGGUAAUAAAUCUCCAAAUGGAAUAAGUGACUAUCCAAAGAUCAGAGUGACAGUAACCCGAGAUCAGCCACGUAGAGUCCUACCUUCUUUUGGGUUUACAUUGAAAUCAGAAGGCUACAAUAGAAGACCGAGUGGUCGCCGCCAUAGCAGAGGCAAUCCAGAGAGUUCUUUAACAUGGAAACCUCAGGAGCACGGAGUUGCAGAAAUGAUUCAUGAUGAGAGUGGCAAGAGUGUGAGGCGUCCCCACUGUACUGUGGUAGAGGGUGUUCAAAAAGAGGAAAAAGAGAAAUACCAAAGGUUAUUGGAGCGACUUAAAGAAGGUGGUCAUGGAAACGCUUUCCCUCCUGUAGCUUCGCAUCAUCACAGAAGUCAAAUGGACACACUAAAGACCAAAGGCUGGAUGGAAGAACAGAAUCAUGGAGUCAGAACAAAUCAUUUUCUUCCAAAACAAUAUAGAGUUGUUGAAACAAGGGGACCUUUCUGUUCAAUGAGAAGUGAAAAGAGGUGUUCAAAGGGGAGACUUUCUGAUACAGAGAAGAUGGCUGGAUUCAGACUUGAAAAUGAAGGUAGAUGGGGACACCAGCGGGAGCCUGACCUGUCAGAAGAAGUGUCAGCUCGGCUUCGCCUGGGCAGUGGAAAUAAUGGCUUCCUCAGGAGGAAAGCAUCAAUUAUUGAGGCAAAGGAAAAGCAUUUCUCAGGCAAAGAGAAGGACAGAAGAACAGAUGAUCUUCUUGAACUUACAGAGGACAUGGAAAAGGAGAUCAAUAAUGCUCUGGGUCAUGGCCCCCCAGAUGAAAUCCUAAGCAGUGCUUUCAAAUUGCGAAUUACUCGAGGAGAUAUCCAGACCUUAAAGAACUGUCACUGGCUCAAUGAUGAGGUCAUUAAUUUUUAUAUGAAUCUUCUAGUGGAAAGAAAUAAGAAGCAAGGCUAUCCAGCACUUCAUGCAUUCAGUACUUUCUUCUAUCCUAAAUUAAAGUCUGGAGGUUACCAAGCAGUAAAAAGAUGGACCAAAGGGUUAAAUCUCUUUGAACAAGAACUUGUUCUGGUGCCUAUUCAUCGGAAGGUACACUGGAGCCUGGUGGUGAUGGACCUAAGAAAAAAGUGUCUUAAAUAUCUGGAUUCUAUGGGACAAAAAGGCCACAGGAUCUGUGAACUUCUUCUUCAGUAUUUACAAGAUGAAAGUAAGACCAAAAGGAAUAUUGAUCUGAAUCUCUUAGAGUGGACCCACUACAGCAUGAAGCCCCAUGAGAUUCCUCAACAGUUGAAUGGGAGUGAUUGUGGAAUGUUUACUUGUAAAUAUGCAGAUUAUAUUUCUAGGGACAAACCUAUCACUUUUACUCAGCACCAGAUGCCUCUCUUCCGGAAGAAGAUGGUGUGGGAAAUUCUUCAUCAGCAGUUGCUGUGACAGUGCCCCACCUGGUCCUUCUAGCUGCUGGUGGUUCUUUCAUGGGUGUUUCCAUAUACCUCAUGUAUUGUGGGUUAGAGUCCCCGCAUCGUUUCUGUUCUCUCAUAGGUACUGAGCUGUCAAAAGUGCAUGAAGGCCUCUUUCUGCACCAUAGUCCUGACUUGAGGUGUGGAGAGGCUGCUUACAACCUUCUUUGUAAGGCUGUGCCUGCUCGGAGCCCUGAACUGUUCAACCCACUCAAGAACAAACGCUAAUAUUUUUUUGUUUAAAGAUUAUUUCCAUAUGAAUGUGGGAAAUGCAGGAUUUAUUCUAUGAAUUGUAUUGUUUUCUGUGUUUGUUCAUGUGCAUUCAUUCACUCUUUGCAAACAUUGAGCAGUGACCUUUUUCCACUGCUCUUUUAUAAUUAACUCUAAAUGACUUGAGUUAUUUAUUUCUGAAUGGGAUGCUAACCAGACUGCCAUUUCCUGCUGGAGACCCAGAGGGGCAUCAGCAAGAGAGAGAAGGCAGUGUUUGUGAGCGUCUCUGGCUUGAAGUUAGGACUCUCCUCUUUUGAGGCUUGACCUGACAGUGCUGUGUUGAGGCCCGGUUGCCUUUCGAUGGAAGUGUGACACUAUCAGCAUUGGCACAAUGUCAUGGAAAUGUGAUCUAGAGACACUGGCUGUCCAUGCAUCCUCAGAAUGGUGUCGUGGUCCUCUUCCCUUUCUGGAACUGAGAUGACUUGGCUACUUCCGAAGCUGGAUUCCAAGUAACCAGAAGUAAAUGUUCAUUUUCGUCCAGGUCUGUUUGAGUAAAAACUUCAGAACUGCAGGGUUGGCCUGAGCUGUUUAUUUCAAAAGAUGUUCCUCAAUUUAAAGCUAGUUUCUCUCAAAGUUUUUUUUUUCUAUUUAUUAAGUUGAUAUUAAAUUUUUAUUCAUUAACAUGUCCUCAUCCCACUCACACAGACAUCAGUGGAGGAAGAUUUAGUACUUGGCUCUGAGGUUGCCAGUUUUACAAUAAUCUAUUUUGCAUAUAAAAGUUUAUAUUUAACUUUUUUGUUCAUUAAAAUCUUACAGAUGUGGUUAUGCAGUUUUUAAUUUCAGAAAGUCGGUCAGAACAUAUUUUGAAAGAUUUAGUGCCUAAUGUUGCUUUUAUGAUGUAAUAAAAGAUUGGCAGAAUCUGAA